UGCCAAUUUAGUUGCAACAUCAUGACUAGUCUCUCGGGACUACUGGUUGUUGGACUGAUGUUGCUGGUGUACGCCAGGGCCGAGGACAAGAGCUAUAGCAUCGAGCUAAGCUCGUUUGAAAAUGGGAAUAUUGACUGGGCCGAUUGGGGCACGCUGCGCAUAAGGCAUGUGGGACGCAACAAGUAUACUCUGGACAGGAAUAUCGAAUUUGAAAGGAAUAUUGGUGAUGAGCAGAGCAUGUGGCGGCAUGUGUUCGGCUACGAAGAGGAUACCAAACAGAUAGGUUCCUUAAUAAAGGUUCCAUUCUGUCAGUUCGUCAACGAGAAGUUCAUUUUGCAAAAGAAGUCCAAUAUGAUAGAACAGGGCGACUGUCCAUUUUCUAAGGACAAGUACACAAUAGACAACUACGAACUGGAGACCACCUUCCUGCCACCUACUAUGCCCAUGGGGGAUUACCUAUUGGUGCUUAACAUAACGGAUAAAGAUGAUAAUGUCAGUGGUCAUUUGGCCUCUGUCACACUAACCCAAUGACAUCUGUUCAUAUUUUUUGUUGUUUACUUUUGCUAAUUUCUUAUUAUAGUAUUCUUUAUUUUGGGUGGAUCCAUUUGGCACUGCAGGCGUUUUACAUAUAUGUGUAUGUCUUACUUAUCUUAAGCUUCUUUCCCACUUGUCAAACAUAAAACAAUUUCGCUUUCAAGGACCUAGAACUUAA